UUUGUUUUUAAUUAAAUUUACCAAAUAUGCAUUUAAAAUAAAUUGUUUUGAUUCAGAUUCUUCGGUAUUACCAUUGAUUUCAAAAUAUACUAUAUAUUUUAAAAUCAAUGGUAUUACUAACCAGUGUUUAGAAAGUUCGCUUAAAAUCUGAACUCGUUCACCUUUUAAGUUCAUAAUUUAUCCAAAAGAAUGCUUUCACGUUCAUCAAAAGAAAUAAUUCCUUUUAUUAGACGCAACAGAACAUUAAUGAUGAAUGACUUAAGUAAAAUGGAUUUAGUCAAGUAUUUUGACGAUGAACGAAAGUCUCUGCCUGUUACUCUUCAAAAAGAUAAACUUUGUAGUUUAAUUCAAAAAAAUGAAACUUUAAUCAUAAUUGGAGAAACAGGAAGUGGCAAAACAACACAAAUUCCACAAAUUGUUUACGAAAACAUAUUACGCCCGGACGAAGAUGUAGUUGUUACACAACCAAGACGUGUAGCAGCGAUAUCGUUAGCUGAACGUGUAUCAUAUGAAGUAAACACUGAAAUCGGAGACUUGGUUGGUUACAGAGUCAGGUUUAUUGACAAAACUAAUCAUUUUACUAAAAUAAAGUUUAUGACUGAUGGUAUGCUAUUACGGACUGCUAUAUUAGAAAAGAGCUUAUCAGCAUACGGAUGUGUAAUUUUAGAUGAAGCUCAUGAACGUACAGUCAAUACAGAUUUACUUUUUGGAAUUGUAAAAAAAGUCCAACGCAGUCGUAAACAUAGUUCUAACCCUCUUAAAGUAAUUGUCAUGUCAGCAACAAUGAAUGCUGAUUUGUUUGCAGACUAUUUUGGCAAUGCACAGAUUGUCUACUUACAAGGUAGGCUUCAUGAAAUCAAAAUAUUCCAUGCUAAGAAAAAUGUAGAAGAUUACUUCCAUGAUACUUUUGUUACAAUAUUUCAAUUACAUAAAGAGGCACCUGAACGUCAUGACUUUUUAGUUUUUCUAACUGGUCAAGAAGAAAUAGAAAAUAUGGCCCUUGCUAUAGAGCACAUCAACCAAGAUCCUUCUCUAAGAAAUUAUCCUGUUAUAAAAGUACGAACAUUAUAUGCUUCAUUGCCUACCAAUGAGCAACUCAAAGUAUUUAUGUCAUUGGAACCUAACGAGUUUGCCAGAAAAAUCAUAUUGAGUACAAACAUUGCAGAAACAUCAGUUACUUUGACUGGUAUUAAAUAUGUGAUUGAUUGUGGCAAAGUUAAGGUUCGAUGUUUUCAUCCAGAAACUUCGAUGGAUGCUCUAAAAGUUGAAAAUAUCUCUCAAGCCCAAGCUGAACAAAGAGCAGGUCGUGCGGGUCGUGAAUCUGAUGGAUAUUGUUACAGGAUAUAUUCAAAAACGCAAUAUGAUGAAAUGACCAAAGACCCAGUACCAGAAAUCUUGAGAUGUAAUUUGGGUAAUGUAGUAUUACAAAUAUUGGCCAUGAAUAUGGAUCCUUACAAAUUUGAUUUCAUUAAUAAGCCAUCGACAGUUGCAAUUGAUCAAGCUUACAAUAUGUUAGGAAAUUUAGGUGCUACAAAAAAUAGUAUUUUAACUGAAUUGGGUCAUAAAAUGACUAAAUUUCCUCUAGACCCAAGGUACUCAAAAAUAAUAUUGUCAUCAGUGAACUAUGGUUGUAUGGAAGACAUUGUAAAUAUUGUAUCUAUAUUGUCUACUGAUUCAAUUUUUGUAUCUAGUCUUUCAGAGAAAAAAAAGAAACAAGCUGAGGAUGCUCAUACAAAAUUCAAGUCAUCUGUCAGUGAUCAUAUUAUGUUGCUAAAAACAUUCCGUUCGUUUAGGAAAGUAAGAAAAGAUUCUAAGUCCAGUUGGUGUGACGAUAAUUUUCUCAACGUCCGUAAUUUAGAAUACGCAGAUCGCGCUCGAGAACAGUUGCUCGAUAUCUGUAGGUAUUUACAUUUACCAAUUGGCCAAUCAUGUGGAGACAAUUUUGACCCUAUCAGAAAAUGUCUGUUGACGGGAUUUUUUGAAAAUCUGGCAUACGUCAAUCAGGAAAAAAAGUAUGUAACAGUUAAUGCUAAGAAAGAAUGCAAAAUCCAUCCAACUUCAACACUGUUUCAUUCAUAUCCUCAUUGUGUUCUAUACACGGAAAUCAUAGAGACUAGCCAACCAUAUAUGAAAUACAUAACUGUAAUUGACAAAGAGUGGUUGGUUGAUAUUGUUCCUAAUGUUCAUCAACGUCAUAAUUAUCAAGUACUUAUGAAUAGUGAUUUAUAGCUUAACUUACAAAAUUAUCACUCUAGUAGCGUACAAACAUUUUAUAUACACCUAUUUUUUUAUAGUUGACUAAAAAUAAAAAUGUAUUAUAUAAAACAUGGAAAUAUGACAUAUAAUAUAUAUUUUUUUAAAGUUAGUUAUAUUUUAUAAAUUGUAAAUUGUAUCAUAUUAUAUAUUUUUUACUUUUCAUUUUACUCUGUAGAAUGCUGAUGUUUGUCAUGAAAUAUAAAUACAACGAAUGUAUGUGCUCAAAUAUACAUAAUAUGUCAUGUUAUAUAUUUAAAUUGUUUUGUGCAUUAGUCUUGGAAUACAAAGAUUUGUGCAUUCGAAAAAAUAAAUUUUUGCAAAAGCAACACAUUUUAAAUAUAGGCACAAGACAUAACUAUAAGUCUGUUUGAGUAACAGAGUUUAUGAAUAAACUAAUUAUUUAGGUUCAUAAAAUAUAAUAGUUUUAAUAAUGUUGAUGAAACAAAAGCAUACCCCAAGCCUCAAUGAUGAAUAUAAUAUUUUGGUGGAAUACAAGUAAAGAUACAACAAGGAUGAUAUAUUUUUGCGUUAAAACCUAUUUUUCCCAACUUGAUCUGGGCAAACUCUGUUUGAACUCAAAUUUAGUUAGCACACUAUAGGCCGUACAGGGAAAGCACGAGUACGACUGGACCGCCAUUUUGUGAUUUGUUUAUCAUCAGUUCCAUCUUUUAAAUCCACACUACAUUCUGGAAACUAAUGGGUCAAAAUAUUAUUAGUUUUCAAAAAUUGAUUUUAUUUUCAUGAAUAAAGAUGACUAAUAAAUGACAGUGACCAGUGACCACUCACAGAUAAAGUUGUCCUCUAUAAU